CAAUAAAGUCGGUACUUGAAGAUAAUUUCUGGCACAUCUAUCAAGAUUUUGAGCGUAAUUUCUUAGCAGCUUGCAAAUUCGCGGAAGAUUUUCUGCAUAGUUACUGCUAAAAACUUGCUAGCGAUCAUGGCCCUGAGGUCCUCGGCUCAAUUGAAAUAUUAUUUCAGUCGCUUGAGAACUGGUAGCGGAAAUUCAGGUUUUGCAACAUCAACCAUUCCCAAAAUGAAGCCUCAUGCCCCAACAGCUGAUAUUCAUACCCAUGAACCAGACAUGAAACUAUGGCCAUUGAAGGCAGAGUUUGUUCCAGUAUACGUGGCACUUGGGUUGAUAGCUAUGUCUACGAGUUUUGGAACAUACACGGCAUUGCAUCAGCUGAAGAGGGCUCCAAAUGUGUAUGUGAAGAAAUCAAGAAGGGAAACCGUACCAGAGGUGGCGGAGCCGGAGCGGGUGGCGGAGGAUGUCGAUCAGUUCAUCAACAAAUCUUUCUUCAGGAAGGUGGCUCAUGUCCAAGAUUCUGACCGCCAAGACACCGUGCCUAAUCCCAUCGCCGGAGAUGUCUAUGCAUGGAAGCCACAUUUCAAAGCGGCAACAUUGAAAGAUGUUGGAGCGGAACCACCGAAAGAUAAACCACCUAAAGAUGCUUGAGCGUAUAGGCUGCGUCCUUGAUCCUGCGGGACAUUUGCUACUACUUUUCUGGCUGUCUGUUGCUCUUAACUUAUAAGGCAAUGAGUUCUAUUUUGAUGCUCGACUGUAAAUUGUUUUGAAUAAUAUGAGAUAAAGGGAUUUUCUUCAGGA